UCAAAAAACUUAAUAAUCAUACAAAAAAGGGUCGACAAUCCCAGACAACCAAUGGAAGGCGCCGUGACUUUUGGACUGUCUUUAUUUGAACAAAAGCUGAAGGGACCCUCUCUUUUUUUUCUUUUUUUUUAACAAGACGAAACCAUGUUGAGCAAGUUUGUUGGUUCCAAAAGCCUGUCACCUGUCUUUGCUCGAGCAAUACAUACAACCAGCAUUCUUCAAAAUACAGCAGUAUCCAGGAUACCUUCUUCAGCACCAAAAGGAACAGUAUUAAAGGGUUUACAAUACUUGAAAGAUCGUCCAGAGAUAGUUGCACUUGACGAUACCGAAUAUCCUGAAUGGUUAUGGGAUUUGUUGGAUGAAAAGAAACAGAAACAGCUCAGCAGUAGACCAUCAAAUCGUCAAUACCACAGAAAACAAAACAGAGAGGCUAUCAAGGCAUCCAAUUUCAUGAAGGAUAAGAAGAAUUAGAAUAAUAAUAAACAGACAAGCAUUACAGCUUUAUUAUUAAAUGGAAACUCU